UCCCCACAGGGACUGCGAGCUAGAGAGCCAACAGUCACCAAUCGCGGAUGCUUCCAUUUCGGCUUCUUUUUGUCUUUCUUAGUGAUGCAUAUUUGAUGAUAGCUGCAAAAGGAUCAAAUAAAACACAAAUAAGUCGCCGUUUAUUUCAUCCAGAAGGUAAUCAAUCUUGAGGAAAUGAUGAAGGGAAACCAGGCGAUGUAGAUAAGCGACGCUAAUUUUAAAAAGGGGGGAAGGAAGCGUGACUGCAAAGUUUCCUCCAGAGCCAGUUGUGCAAGAAGCAGAAGCUGCUCUGAAAGGUGCUAGUGGAGAAACGCUAGCAAAGAUGGCACACAACCAGACCGACCCUUUUCUGGAGAUACUCCGAUCUUUUAAUACGGGCGACAUGAUCCUGGCCUUCUGCUUGUCGGUGUUAGUGGGCCUGCUUCUGGGCGCCCUGGUCUACGUCCUGUUGACGUGGGCGUCCCGCCGCCGGGCCACCGCCCGGAUCACCGCCCGGAUCACCCGACGCUCGCGCAAGAAAGCCGGCAGAUCUUCGCGCUCGCAAAUCCCGGCGGAUGGCCAGCUAGGCCUGUACCGUAGCACUUUCCUCAGUGUCUACCGCCAGCCCUCGCUGGAGCCGGUGGGACCUGUGGGGAGCAAACUGGGACCGGAGACGUCCACCUUUCGACCUAUGCCCAGGAAAGGCAGUCUGGAGAUGGCAGAGGACACCCGGGCGAGCCCGGCCGAGGACACGGCCGAUUCGGCGGCCCUGGUCCCUGACAAGCGCCACUCCUUCUGGCUGGGUGGGAACGGACUCAAGGGGUUCCUGCCCUCGCAAACGCCACCGCCUGCCUAUAACAGCAUCAUCCAUGCGUUCCAAGAGUCCUGCACUUGAAGCUAGUCAUAAAAAAUGUGAAGAUUCUAUCCGAGGGAAGGGUGUCGCUUUAACGACCCUGUGAGGCGCGCAGUUUUGAGAUUUGUUUCUAAAUACGGUGGCUUUUUGAGAUGCGAGUGACCUGACUUAAACUGAACAUGUGCCUUAAGAACAGCCCCCGCUAGUUUCCUGCUAUCAUAUAAUGGCUCGCUAACAGUUAGCAUCGAUGGUUGACCAUUUAAGCAAAUUGAACACAAAUGUUGGAAAAA